UUUAAUUUAUAUUUUUACAGAUUGUAAUUCCAAUUCUGAAAGGAAGCAACGCCAAUUAGAACGUCUUCGACGUGAAGCAGUGAAAAGAGGAAUUGUUAAUAAUAAUGACAAUCAUGUUGAAUGUGUGGAAACUACUACAGUUUCAUUAGAGACGAAGAAGGAGGAUCUGGAAAAUGUUGAAAAAGAAUUUGAAUUGAAAGCAACAAUUGAGGAUGAUGAGAGAAUUCCUCCAAUUCCUCAUUUGCCAAAUCAAGAAGAAUUAUGCACUUCGAGUUCAGCCAAAAAUAAAGAUGAGCUUCGUUCCAAAAUUUCUGAGCGCUUUUCUUCUUUGGCUGCGCGUAAACAUAAAAUGAGGCUUAUUCAAUCGAGACUUAGUAAUUUACAACAACAGAAGAUGGAAACUACUUAUGAUGAGGCUUUAAAUCGAUACAAGAAUAAAUUGGAAAAUUUGCAAAAUUCUGGAUUUACUGGAGAUGAUUCUUUUAAUUCUGUUGGUGAUGAAAAUAAAGCUUUGAAUCAAAAUGAGGAUCUUCCUAAGAAUGGAGAAGAAUCUCGAGAUGUUAAAUUAAACAAGUUUGAAGAACCAAAUCAGGGCGAACUUUUGGUUAAAGAGUCUGACAAUGUCAAUUCUACUGUUGAAAAGGCUGCUAAUAUUGAUGGUUUAGUUGUUAGUUCAUCGACAAAUAGCAAUGAUGAGACUACCUUUUCUACAAUUGAAAAUAGUUUGGAAGGAGUUGAGAAGGGUCAAACUGCACAAUUUGGUUGGACUGGAAAUGAGGUAGUUUUUUAUUAA